AUGCAACUAAUGUUAUCAUUUAAGUCUGUCUUAAAAGGAAACAAAAAAUUAAUUAUAAAGCAAAAUAUCGGUCCACUGAUAAUAUCGGCAGCCAAACAAAAAAAAACUAUUAAUAAUAAGAUUGAAAUACGAUGCUUACAUGUUGAUACCCAACCAUCAGCUCUAUUACAACCACAGCGGGAUCAAAAUAACCUAUAUUUACUCAAAAUUAAAGAAAUUGUUUAUAAUAAAGACGCACUACCAACUGAUGAGUAUGAAAAAAAAAGAGAAUUACUAAGGCUUGUAAGUUUUGCUAAGAAUAUAAAACCAUUGUCCAAAACUAAAAUAUUGAAUCCAAGUGCAAAUAUAGCAAUAAAUACUGAUACUAAUGAGCAGAUAUAUAACAGCACAGAUACAACUAUUGAUAAUAAUAGUACCAAUGAUAUUAUGUCGUCGAGGGUUAGGUCUGAUCUUGCAAAGCUUUUAUUCAAAAAUAAAUGCUUUAAUUACCUUCUGUUAUUUUAUAAUAUUAGUAUUAAAAAUGAUACUUUUAAAUUCCCCAAAGACAUUCGUGUACAUGAGUUUAAUAUGAUUUUCCAUUCUAUACUAAAAGUUGAAGGGUUUACAAGACUGUUAUUUAAAUACCUAAAUUUUAUGUUUCAACAAUUUAAUAUUGUAGAAGGAGAGUUAUCAUCUCAACACCAAUCCAAUGGUUCUGUUCAAAACAGUGAUAUAGCCAUCAAUAACAGUACAAGUAGUAAGAGAUCCAUGAUUAUCAAAGUGCUAUCAUCUCUAUUGUCUGUGACUUACGAAAGCUAUGGUUUCAAAACAGCUUCAAUAAUAUUUAUGCAUUCAUACUCGUUCAUGCAAGGCCAUUGUGAUUUUUCGUCACCUAAAGAUUAUUUAAGAAACAGAGAUAUAUUAGAACCAUUGAUGAUAGUAAUGCAAAAAAAUGAAAAGAGCUAUAGAGAAAGUAUGAAUUCAACAGUGGAAUUUGAUUAUUAUGAAUUGUUGACAAAUUUGGAAACCAGCUUUGCUGUUAAUGUUCAUCAUCUUGUCAAUGUUAAAUAUACUAGCUCAAAAAUACCGGUUGUGAUUUCGCAAUAUGCUUCUACAUUGCAGAUGUUAGUUUUACGCAGGAGAAUGUUUGACAAAGGUUGGGAUAUAUGGAAAUAUAAAUACGACCAUCAUAGAGAUUUGGUGGAGAUCAAUGAUUUAACAGGUGCAUUAAGGAUUUUGGUCCAUAAAGGAAAUUAUGGACAGGUACAAAAACUAUACGAAGAAUUUCCACAUUUGCAUAACUUUGGAGAAAAACAGUUUGAUUACUUAUUGAUUGCGUAUUCUAAAUUAAAAAGUUGGGAUGCUUUACAAAAACAGUUUAAUAAACUUUUUGGAAUUGGUGAACUACCUAACGUUUUGCAUUAUGGUAUUAUCAUGUACGCACUAGCCGAUUAUGGCGAAUUGGAAAUCGUUGAUAGCCUAUACAAACAGUUAUUGAAUAGGAAAUUAAUCCCCAAUUAUGCUGUUCUACAAAGUUUACUGUAUGCAUAUUACAAAAACGGAGAUUAUCAAGGUGCUUUACAUCACUUUGAGUUGUUUAAAAAAUAUGACGUUAGGCCACAAACUUACACAUAUUUGAUUUUGUUGGAUAUUUACCGCACACAAAACGAUUUGGAUGGGGCUUUAAUGGUGUUGAAGAAAAUGAAUUUGGAACAGAGAGAAUUAAUAUCUUCAAGGCAUUUUGAAAAAAUAUUUAGAAUUUGUGCUUAUUUAACAAAUAUACCUAUUGCAGAGGAAUUAUUCCAUCUUAUGAGAGAUGAAUAUAAUAUUACGCCGACACCGGCCUUGAUUGCUAGUCUUAUGGAUGUUUAUUCCGACUCUAAACAACCCACCCAAGCUGUUAAAAUUUUUAACAACUAUAUCAAGGAAGAUUAUAUUCAAUCAGAUGAUGUGUUGAAAAUUUAUAUGUAUAAUUCAUUGAUCUAUGCUAAAACUUUAUUAGAAGAAAAUUGUGAUUCUCUUUUUUUAGAAAUAUCAGAAGCCGGAAUUAGAACUAAUUCAGAAUUUUACCGUGUCAUGUUAAAUUAUUUGAUCAGUUUGAAGAAAGAUGUUGAAGCUAGUGGGAAAUUGUUAAAUCACAUGUUGGAACAUUCGCCCGGACUUGUUUUGCCAGCUCAUUUUGAAAUUAUCAUGAGAUAUUAUGAUUGUCACAACAAUUCUGCAAUGAUUUUCUCAUAUUACGAAAAGUUGUUAAAUAAUAAAAUUCCGGUAAAUUCUAAAAUUUUACAUUAUGUGGUGAAGCAUGCCUUUAUAACAAAUAUUUCCAAAACAGGUAGCUCUUCCAACAUUAAAAAAGUCUUGCGGCUAUUAAACGACAUUAUGGAAAGCUCAGCAAACCGCACCUUAGAUAUUGUGCAUCCUGUGUUACACCCUGGUGUGAUUAUUUAUCCUAUCAAACAACUAGUUACCUAUGACCCCGUCUCUGCAUGGAAGAUUUUGUACGACUAUAUCCGUAUUUUUUAUAAAUCUAACCCAAAUGCAAUUUUAACAAAGUUUCGUAUUUUGAAAACUAAAGCUUACGUAUAUUAUGAAACACAGCAGUGGGAGGAGCUUGCGUUAACCUUUGAUGAUAUAAUGAAUAGAAUCACAAACAUAAGAAACGGGCCAACCUCUAAAAUUAUGCGUAAUUUGAACUUAGACGGGUUAUUAAUUGGUGUUUUUAAUUUUAAGUUGGAAGAGCUACAUAUGGGGCAUAGGAUAGGCGAAAUUCCAAGUUGGAUUAAAAAAUUAAGAGAAAAUAGUUUAGUUAUAGAUAACAAGAGUUACAAUUCAGCCAUAAGACUAAUGAUAGAUUAUACGGGCACCAGAGAUUAUGCAUUAAAUCUUAUUAAUAACUUGUUAAUCAAAGGUUUUAAUAGAAUUCACAUGCUUAGAUUGAUGAAGAAACAUUAUACGGAUUUCAGCACAAGCAGUAACCAACUACCAAAAGACUUAAUUGCACUAAGAGCUGACCCUAGUUAUGGAAGACCAACAUAUUACCUUGAAUCCAAUGUUUAUGAAGAAGUUAAAGAAAAAUUAGAUAAAUAUCUAUCCUCAUUGAACAACUUGACAGAACUGGAGAAUAUAUUAGAGAGCUGGACCAAGAAAUAUCCUAGGUUUAUAAUUGGAUAUUUGAUGAAACCAAAAAAUAACGUUGCAUAUUGGUAUGCAGUUGAAGCUAGACACAAGGAGUUCCUACAGGAGUUAAGAACUAGUAAAAGAACCCCUAAAGUGAAAUGGUAG